AUGGCGGAACGGGAGCGCGAGGUGGACGAGGGCAACGAGGCGUUGGACCCGGAGCUCCUCUACUCCAAGGAAUACUGCAUUGGCGGUGGUAGCUUUGGCAAGGUCUACAAAGGUGUCGACAAACGUACCGGUCAUGCCGUCGCUAUCAAAGUUAUCGACAUCGAGAGCGCCGAAGACGAGGUCGAAGACAUCAUCCAGGAAAUCGCCAUCCUGUCCGAGCUGCAGUCCCCGUACGUCACUAAGUACUACGGAUCCUAUGCCAAGGGCGCCGAGCUAUGGAUUGUCAUGGAGUUCUGCUCCGGCGGGAGCUGUGCCGACCUGAUGAAGCCGGGGCUGAUUGGUGAGGACUACAUUGCCAUCAUUAUGCGGGAGCUCCUCAUGGGCAUGGACUACCUGCACUCGGACAAGAAACUGCACCGUGAUGUCAAGGCGGCCAACGUCUUGCUCAGUUCUAACGGCCAGGUCAAGCUCGCCGACUUUGGCGUCUCUGGCCAACUCUCGGCUACCAUGACCAAGAAGAACACUUUCGUCGGGACACCCUUCUGGAUGGCUCCGGAGGUCAUUAAGCAAUCCGGAUACGACCACAAGGCUGACAUCUGGUCCCUCGGCAUCACCGCCCUCGAGCUGGCCAACGGCGAGCCCCCCUACGCCGACAUCCACCCCAUGAAGGUGCUGUUCCUGAUCCCCAAGAACCAGCCCCCUCGUCUGGAGGGUAACUUUACCAAGGCGUUCAAGGAGUUCAUCGAGCUUUGUCUGCAGCGGGAUCCCAAGGAGCGACCUACCGCGAAGGACCUCUUGCGGCACCCGUUUAUCAGACGGGCCAAGCGAACGACGUAUCUGACGGAACUCAUCGAGCGGCAUACGCGGUGGGCGGCCACCCAUAAGGGGGACGAUGAAGAGACGUGGGACACCAACAGCGGCAGAGCCCCGAGGGAACGCGAGAAGGUGGACGAGGACAUGUGGGAUUUCGGCACUGUCAGACUGGUUGGCGAGCGCGGUAAUGCCAGUAGGCCUGGGCUCAACACCAUGGACGAGAGCGCGACUAAUGCGCGCGCGGCACGGUCCCUGGAGAACACGGACGACUACGGCGAGCGACGGCGCGAAGGAAGCCCGACCAAGGUGCGAGACUUUGCGCCGCCGCAGACGAGCGAUACCGUCAAGGCGGCCAACGCUGGGACGGCACGACAGGCAAGCCCACAGCGGAAGCCGGUAGCACACCAGCACCCGCAGCCUCCGCCAGGUUUCGGCUCACCCUCAAAGGUGCCUCUGCCCCUGAGCCCGAUGAAGCAGCCGGUCGUGACGAGGGAAAUCAUCGAGACGCCACGACCGAGGCAAAUGGCGCCGUUGAUCGGCCAGUCGCCAGACUACGACCGCGAGCUGCAGAGCCAGUUGCAGCGUGACAUGGGAAUGCUUAACUUGAGUCUCAUGGCGUCGCCCGAGGGAAGCGCAGGCUCGCAGUCGCCGGUGAGGGAUUGGUCUAUACCCCCUGCUCCGCCUGCUCAUCAGAGUCAAUCGCGGCCGUCGAGCUCGAAACUGGUGCCCAUGGCACUGCCCGAGAUACCUCCCUACAGAGGGAGCCCGUCCCCCGGCCAGAGAGUCCCAUCGGCGCAGCAGAUUCCCCCUCAACGAGUCCCCGCGCUGUCGUCUGGACCAACACCGGCACCAUUAGCUCCCCGGGCUCUUCCUUCCAAGUCCGAUUCACCCAUCCCGUCCGAGUAUAGCACAGCCCCGUCCGAGUUCCCCUCACCGGCACCGGCCAACCCCAACGGAGAUCUGGAUGCCCUCAACGACGUCAUCUUUCCAGCGCUGGAGGAGGCGCUUAAGCGGCGACAGAUCCAUCUCCAGCAGACGUUCAAACCUGGGCAAAACCCGGCGGUGGCGUCACCGACACAGCAGCGAGCCGAGGCGGCGCACGAAAAGGUCCGAAAACUCGUGUACAAGUUGGCGCAUGUGUGCAAGGAGAUUGACCAUUACGACAAGGCUGAGCCUGUGGGAAUGGGUAGGGAAGUCGGAAGCUUCCUCGAGGGUCUUCUUGAGGAGAUACUGGUACGAGUAGAGCCGCUGGACGAGGACGAGGAGGUGUGA